GUUGCAAAACUCUGAGAAUGAGCCGGAUCCUGACAUCUGCUUGGAGAUUUCGGAGUAGUCUCGACCGUUGAGCAUCGCGCAUGUGCAAGUCACUAUCCUCUCAGGGUAAUGACCGGCAUGACCGGAGUGUCACUGACCUUACAUAAGCUGGUUUAAUCUGUUACCUAGCCCCACGGGGAUCAGAAAACUAAACCAUGGAGGGAGGAAGACGCCAACACCAAAUGGAGAUGAGCCACAAACGAAAACAAAUGGGUUAUAGCUCUGGAUUGUAGCAAGUUUGUGGCGCAGUGUGAAAAUUGUGUCACGUAGUUACCUACUGCACAGUUGGAGUUGGAGUUUUUGGACACUCUUUAUGUCAUCAGCAUGCAAUGCAAGGGAUGACUUUGCUGAGUUUGUUUUGCAGUUUGCUUUGUUGAUCUCCUGACCUCAGCCUGGGCUUGUUAACACCAGGGUACAAUGGAAGCAGCCAUACACUGACGGCCAGUAGAUACAUCAUUUUAAUUGGCAGCAGCCAUUGCCCUGGGUCUGACAUUCUUCAGCCUUGCUUUAUCCCCUCUAGGCUCAAGUCAAGGUGACAUCAACAUUCAUGGCAGUGCAAGACAGCAGACAAAAGCUCAGACUGCAGCCACCUACCUGUUGGAGCAAAGGACCUCUGUCUCUACGGACGGCACUGAAUGAAAACCCAGAAAUAUUGAGUGCCCAACAUCCGCUAAGUGGUAUCAUCUUCAGAGAGUGAUUGCUAUAUAGUGGAGAGAGCACCUGAAGCUGAGCGAUUUCAACAGAAAGAAAACAGUAGGCAUGGAAAAGUUCUACCUCUCGUCACUAGUUAGGCCAAGACCAGGAGUCCCCUCCAACCCUGCUGCAGCCCUCCUGGAGACAGGGCCACUUCCAGUUUCUCAUUCAAGGAAAUCAGAAGAAAACAAGAAAUGAAACAUUUCACUCCUCUAAACUUGCCAAGGAGGAGGAAGAGGACAGCAUGAUGUGGACCACGAAGGGGGAGUUUUGUGUCAGCGGACAUGGGGUGCCUGAUCACACGCAGUGGGGAAAGACCAGUCUGUACUACCACUCUGCGCUGACGGGCCCACAGACCUGUGACAAUGGAUACGUUACCGCGAGGGACCACAACGCUGAAAGAAGAACCUCUCGGAAGCCAGAUCGGUAGCGUACGCAACUGGAUGCAGCCGUCCAUCGUCGACCAGACCGCCACGAGCGGGUCUGUAGGACUUGCCCGGGCACACUUCGAGAAACAGCCGCCAAGCAAUCUUCGAAAGAGCAACUUCUUCCACUUCGUUAUAGCCCUGUAUGACCGCCAAGGCCAGCCCGUCGAAAUUGAGCGGACGGCGUUCAUCGACUUCGUGGAGAAAGACAGGAUUUCUCCUCAGGAAACUGCCGGAGAAAAUACCAGGAAUGGCAUCCACUACCGACUGCAGCUUCUCUACAGUAACGGCGUGCGGACGGAACAAGACCUCUAUGUUCGGUUGAUCGACAGCAUGACCAAGCAGGCUAUCGUGUACGAGGGACAAGACAAAAACCCUGAAAUGCAACGGGUCUUGCUCACUCAUGAAAUAAUGUGCAGCCGGUGUUGCGACAAAAAGAGCUGUGGAAACCGCAAUGAAACACCUUCAGACCCUGUCAUUAUCGACAGGUUUUUCCUCAAGGCUUUCCUGAAGUGCAAUCAAAACUGCUUGAAGAACGCUGGUAAUCCACGAGACAUGCGACGCUUCCAGGUCGUCAUUGCCACAACAGUGAAUGUGGAUGGCCACGUGUUGGCCGUGUCAGACAACAUGUUUGUGCACAACAACUCCAAACAUGGAAGACGGGCCAGACGUCUGGACCCCUCAGAAGAUGGAGAAAUGUCUUUCUGUGGAGACUCCAACAUAAAUAGAGUGCAGAAGGCCACACCCUGUAUCAAAGCUAUCAGUCCGAGCGAGGGCUGGACGACGGGAGGUGCUACCGUCAUCAUCAUCGGUGACAACUUCUUUGACGGCUUACAAGUUGUGUUUGGUACAAUGCUGGUAUGGAGUGAGCUGAUUACACCACAUGCGAUUCGGGUGCAAACACCACCUCGGCACAUUCCUGGUGUUGUGGAAGUCACAUUGUCGUACAAGUCCAAACAGUUCUGCAAGGGUGCACCUGGGAGAUUUGUCUACACAUCACUGAACGAGCCAACGAUAGACUACGGUUUUCAGAGGCUAGCAAAGUUGGUGCCCAGGCAUCCAGGAGACCCAGAAAGGCUGCCGAAGGAAAUCAUCCUGAAGCGUGCAGCAGAUUUGGCAGAAGCCAUCUACAGUAUGCCUCGCAACCCAAACCUCCCAGCCCUCACAGGCCCGAGGUCCCCUGCAGUCAACAACUCAGUGGGAGCAGGGGGCAUGAUGGGAAUGAACUCAUUUGGUAACCAGUUAGCUGUGAGUGUGCCCGACAACUCCUCUACCAACGGAAAUGGCCAAGUUCAGGGUUUUGUUCCAGUCUUCACUUACUCGGGUCUGAAAGAGGAUUGUGCAGAGCAGACAAACCAUGGCUACUCCAGGCAGAGUAACAGUGUCUCUCCCCGCGGUUAUGGAGCGAGCACACCGCACAGUACCAACGGUAGCAUCAGCUCGUACUCUACAUCAGCAUCUGGGCUAAAUGGUUACGGCAGCAGCGGCAAUCUGUCCAACAUGCCCGUCCCGUCUUCUCCAGGGUUCCUCAAUGGUUCCACCAUUCCCUCUUCACCCACGAUGCCCCCUACCCCAAGCAGUCUGGCCACAAACGCAAGUACGCCAGGGAUUUUCUCUUUCUCGCCAGCCAACAUGAUCUCGGCUGUCAAACAGAAAAGUGCGUUUGCGCCCGUUGUCCGUCCCCAGUCCAGUCCGUCCCCUGCUGGAGCAAGUUCGAAUGGAACUGGCUUGCAAGGUGGGUGGACUCCCACCAUCCCAUCAGCCGUCUGCUAAAAACAGGUCUGGCACUAUGAGAAGAGGAGGGUCUACAGCAUCUAUUAGCCAUUCACUCGGACUGUACACAUUCCCCCUUCAUCUUACCAUAGACACACAACUCUAUCACAUGAUUCUCCAAAAAGCAGCUAUGAAGAUGGCCACUUGCAAGUCCUGAUGACACAACUCACCAGAUUCCACUCUACAACACACAAGCUUAUCCUAACUCUAGAACUGCUGGUCAACUUGCACCCAACCAGGAAAGAGAUGUAAUACCAAAUAUCUUACAACCAAAAACUGUUUUUGAAAGUUAUCCUAAUUGCUUGACCUUUGAAGCAUCCAAAAUAACUUUAUUUCUGUACUAAACGUUGCGUGAAUUUGGUUUUGGGUGAAAUAACACCUCAGUGAGUUAGGAGGUACCUACUGUGCAGGAAAACCAGAAUGUAAGUCAUUCUCUAGGCCCAUAUAGUACAGGGCAAGCACAAUCCUUGUUAAGUGGCAAUAGAAGGGGACAUGUACUGAGUCAGGAUGUUAAAAAAAUGGUGGACAACUCCAGGGAACACCAAGAAAAUGGAGACAAUUUACUGUACAGAUCUAAGUCGUUCAUAUUACUCUACAAGGUUGUCAACGGUACGUGCUACUAUUUGUACACUUGAGUUGUGUAUCUCAUCAGUGUCAUUUAGAUUUUAUGUCCGUCCCUUAGAAAACCGUCCAUUGAAGGCAUGAAUACCUCAUAUUUCAUAUGGAAGCCAUAUCAUUCCAAAAAAAUCUCUACAUAUUAUCAUUCCUGAACCUUCUCAUAUUCUAAAUUUCGGUAUCAUUCCAUGUCAAUAUUAUCACUCAUUAUGGUGCAUUUGGUAAGGAUUUUUGUUGUUAAUUUCUGAUUUAUGAGGCUAGUAUUAGAUAAUAGAGAAGUUACUUAUUGGAUAUGAUGACUUGUAUUUAGUAGUGUUAUGUAGCAAUAGUAUAGGAGGUAAAUGGCCACAAAGACAAAACUGGUUUUUUCCCUCUGUCCAGUUGACAUUUCAACAAACUCUGUUAGAAGUGAGUUUGAAUAUCUGUGUGUGAAAAACUAAGCCCAGUAUAGCCAUGUAGACAAGAGCAGACUUGUAUAUUUAGAUAUUUGCACCUUUGUGGACUUUACUACAUUUGUAACCAUGUAAUAUAGCCUUUUGGCACAGGACUAAUAUUUUGCCUUUGCACUCUCUCUAUAUAUAAGGUAGAUGUAGCAACUACUAGCUAUGUUUCAUGAAAGGGUAACUGUUUUUAAAUGUUGUUCAUUGUAUCUACAAAUACAGCUGUUGUACUGUAGUUCUACUAACUCUACAUUGUUUAGUCAGUGUUUUAUGCUGUUGGAACGUUGUUGUCAUGUCUCUCCCAGACAAAAGUAUACGCAAACAUGUCACAGUAAGCAUUCAAAAUCAAAUAUGUGUAAUAUUUAUUGUAUAUUAAGCUAUUUAUGUUACAAUUAGCUUUUGUUGUGUUCAUGGCAAUCAGUUAGUAAUACCAGUAUAAUUGAUCUUUAUUAUUACAUCACCAAUAUCUCACAUUUACAUUUUACAUGAAAGAAAUGUUUUAUUUUUGUACAUGUUUAAGUUAAAAUUGUACAGGUGUUUUACUUGUAACUUUUUAAAUGUGACACAUGGUCAUUUUUAUCGCAAGCCAUAAUCCAAAACACCUUGUGAAAUACAGGCCUCUUUGUGCAAUAUUCAGAGGUAGAUUUCUGGUAAUGUAGUUUUGCAGGUUAAACAUUUGUUGUCUUUGAAUUAAAUCAGGUUGUAGAUAAAGUGAAACAUGAUUCACAUCUACAGCAGCUGUUGCCUCUACUUAAGAAGGCUGUGGAAAUUACCCACCAAUGACAUGCGCUCAGUUUAGAUCGUAGAUAGUUUUGGUGCAACUUCUAGUAUGGUACACACAUUGAAGCCGACAAGGUCCAAUAUUGUUGCUUUUGUUGAACAAUCACUGCCAUGGCACAUCAUGCAUAAGCCAUGGGCAGGUUUUAGUGAUAUUAUAUAGAAGUAUGUUUUUUGAACAAUCAUGGAAUUCCAGAUUUUCAGCACCUGCUGGUUAAUUUUUAUUAAGCUUUUAAUUAUUAAUACAGACUGUUUUUAAUGGUUGUGUCAGGUAGAGUGCCAAAACGAAGUGAAUUUUUUGACACAGAACACAUGAAUUUUUGACUCCCCAGAAUUUGGCCAAUAUUGGCCAAUAUGGAAGACUACAAUCACCUGUUGUUGUUGUUCACACUCUGUACUGAGGGUUUGUGGGGCUCUUGUGUUGACUGUUUAUAUCAUUAAGUAAAUAAAUCCCAGCUGAUUCAGUAAUGACCAACUAUUUUAAGAAACUCUCACCACCCUGUCAUCAAAUGGAUAUGACUUAAGAAAACAGUACAGGAACGAUCCUACUGUAAGUUUCACAGAUUAGUUCCACUGUUCUCACAGUCAGGACAACAGACCCCAGACCCAACGUCACUAUUAACCAUGUAUAUCUCACCCUGAUCGUUGCUUGUAAAUUGCCACAUCCCUGUGUUUGUUCAACUCGUGUAUCACUGUGUGUUCAAAGCUAUGGUGUCGUGCAGUUUUAUACUCUACUUUUUGAUUCUUGUAAGACAUUUGUGAUCAGAGCCUCCUCCGGCGAGUUCGUCGGACUUAUAACCAAGUGAAAUGAUGUAAAGUGAUGACAGUUCUCUGUUGAAUAUGGCUUCUGAAAACUCAAGUUGGAAAUAAUAAGUCCAUGUUUUGUGAAA